AUGCAUGCAUGUGUCGUCACACGGGCGUUAGCUGCAGCGCUAACUCGAGAGCAAAUCAAGUGCAAUCACGCGGACAUUUUUUUAUGGGGUGCGUCACCCGUCGAGCAAGAUGAAGGUCUCUCAAGGGGGGAGGUGAAUCGGAUGAAGUCGCGGUUCUACAAUGCAGGGCAGCGGCGAUGCACGCUGUGUGACGAAUAUUUGGAGGCUUCUUUUCCCGUACACUGUGGCUGCGUGGGACACAUUGCGCGUGUUGGCAUUCUCGAGCGAGCUACCGCUAUGCUGCAAAAGGAGAUGACAGCCGUUGCGACGCAUUCCACAUGUGGGCCAGCGUCGAGCAUGGCGCAAAAGGUGCGUGCUCUUCUGGAAGACUGGUGGAAACGGCUGAACGAGGUGGAGCAGGAGACGCUUCUGGACUACAAACGUAUUGCCUCUCUUAGCGCACCAACUGCCAGAAGGAGACUAUGGCGGGUCCGUUUCUUGUUGGAGUUCUUGCGUGAUCGUGGAGUGAUCCGUGACUGCCUAACGUCGCUGAAGGGGACCUCGUCUGGUGAAGCCUCUUUUGUUCGUACCAAACGCUUUGAACGCAGCGAAAUGAUUGGAGACAACAUAGUGAAGGUUGUCGUGCCAGACCGUCUUGUGCGUCUGUUUCCAUCGACGGAGGGUGGUGUGACCUACAAGCUCGCCUAUAUUCAGCAGCUGCUUGACAGCAACGAGGGGUUGCUGCAGAUUUAUGACUACCUUGACUUGGACUCCAUUAUUGGUACUCGACUACCGAGCAAUAAGACGAAGUCCGACGUAGUGGAGUCUCUUUUUGGGGAACUUCAGACGUUUCUUUGGGCCAGCGACGUGGCCUGUGGUCUGAGUCAAUACCCUGCCAUUCCCACCGCCGAGCAUCGUUACGUGCGGGCCCUUGUGGAACACGUGCUGAAUGAGCUUACCCACAUGGUCAUCAUGUGGCGGAUUGAAACUACUUUGGAGAACGCGAGGGAAUAUCUGGAAGAACGCCUUUAUGGAAAAUCACAACUAAGGACACAGCCCUUUGCUAUGAAGGGGGGAAUAGGUGGUUGUGUGGUCAUGAAGGAAGCGGAGUGCGAUCGCGGUCGCUACGCCGUUUUGCCUCUGUUGAUGCCCUUUCCUUAUCAGACUGCCGCGACGGAAUCACGGCAGCCCGGGCGGCGACCAGGCACGCCUCCAUUGGGACGUCAUGUAAGAGAGAACGGAGCGCCACACAUGUUAUUUUCAACUGCCAUACCAAAGCCAGCGUUGAUGGAGUUGCACUAUAGACCACGGUUGCGUGUGGUGCGAAGCGCAAAACAGUAUCAACUAGAGGCGGUGAGGGCGUUGCUGAUGCAUCGCGAAGUACUCACGAGUCGUUCUAUAGUAGCCGAAUCGGCUACUAUGGUGGGAAAUCAGGUUAGCACCAAGGGCAAAAAAAGGCGGUUGAGCUACAUCCCAUUGACAGGAGGAGCUGAAGAGAAGUAUCCUACGUGGGUCCGUGACGGGCGAGUUGCGGAGACACGUCAGUGCGUGGAAGAUCACAUGACGCAGCAGGGAGUUUAUGUGGAAACGAUAAACUGGGAAAACAUGGUGGCGGCGCUGGCGCGCACUUUAACAGGGUCUCAUGACUCGAAAGUACCUCGGCUGCAAAGUGAACCAGUAAAGUCAUCAACAAAGUCGCUGCCGCUACCAGCAGUAGCAGCAGCAAUGCUGUUCAAUGAGGAAAAGUUAAUUUUGGUACAUAGCAUGUGCAUUCCACCAUUGAGGCCAAUAACGCAGUAG